ACAAUCCCGUGGCUCUCCAGAGUUCCUGAAUCAAAAUAUAAAUAAUAGUUCAAAAAUUCACUUAAAAUCGAAAUAGGUCUAUGUAGUGUUUACACUGCCUUUUAUAAAGUAUACCUCGAGUUUUCUUCCUAUAUUUCUCAAAGCAUAAAAGUUGCUAAAAAAGAAAAAACGUCAUAUUUUCCCAAUUUAAAGUCAAACUUUGCAACAAAAAGAUUUUAAUGAACCUUUAUUUAGAUUGUUUGUAUUGUGGUUUUAUCAAUUUCCUUCGGAUUCAAUGGAGCAUCAAUGUCAGGACAUAUUCAAAAUAUUCUUUCAAUAUCUCCAAAUAGAUCAGGAACGUUGUAUGGACUUACCAACGGAUUUGGAAAUAUAUCUGGAUUUUUAGUUCCUAUGGUAAAAGAUUGGGUUGUGCAAGACUUGAAAAGUGUCUCUGAUUGGAGAUAUUUAUUCAUCAUUGCUGCAAGUCUGUAUCUGUUUGAAACAAUCUAUUUCAAUAUUUUCGCUAGCAGACGAGUGCAAGAGUUUAAUGAAAAAGAUUACAAGGAGAUAUCGACAAUUGAGUACGUGAAAACAUCCUGCUGUACGUUCUACUGCGACGCUAAAACUACAGAACAUAAUUAAAAAAUCGAUUCUACAAAUUUAAGUAUUCUUUUCAAGUCCCAACUCAUUCGUGGCUUACAUAAAAAGUGUAAUAUACAAAGUUUAACUAAAGUUUUUUAUAUCUGAAAUAGAGAUAAAAUAUAAGUCUUACAUACUGUAA